AUGGACUUGCACACUCUUGUCAGUCUCUUUGACUCUACCCUGCACCCGGAACCUGAGGUUCGCCAGGUUGCCGAGCAGCAGCUCCAGCAGCUUGAGACCCACGACGGAUUUCUCAGCACGCUGCUUCAGAUGAUCAGCUCGGCCGAGUUGCCGCUCGGCACUAAGCAGGCCGCGUCUAUUUACUUUAAGAACCGUGUCCGCCGGUCGUGGUCCACGGGCCAGCGCGCAACCGAGCAGCACCCGCCCAUCGGCGACAACGACCGCAGCGUGACGAGAGACAACAUCCUGGGCGCCAUCUACGCUGCACCACAGGCCAUUAAGCUCCAGCUGACCGAGUGCCUGGGCGUGAUCCUAAAGUACGACUUCCCCGAGAAGUGGCCGCAAUUCAUUGUGCACAUCAAGGAGCUUUUGCACGCGCAGGACGCACAAAAGGUCUACACUGGUCUGAUGGCUCUGCUUGAGGUUAUCAAGGUGUACCGCUUCUCCACAACCAAGCGCGAGAUUGUUGACGAGAUUGCAAAGGAGCUGUUCCCGCAGGUCCAGAAGAUUGCCGAUGACACGGUCAACUCGGACGACGAGCUGGCCAUGCGCAUGGCCUGGGUGUCCUUCAAGGCAUACUACAACUCGAUUCAGUCCGGUCUGCCGCUGGCGUUCCAGGAGCCGGCCAACUUGGUUGCCUGGGGAACCAGCUUCAUAAAGAUGAUCGAGAAGCCAGUGUCUUUUGACAAGGAUACUGUCGACGAGGAGAACGCCAAGGAGCCCGUGUACAAGGCCAAGAAGUGGGCUAUCCGCAGCGUGAACCGCCUGUACGGGCGCUACGGAAACUCGGCACUGCUGCCGUCGUCCAGCACCAAGCAGUUCGGUGCGUUUGCCAAGCUGUUCACGGUCAACUUCUUGCCACAGAUCUUGCAGGUGUACCUCAAACAAAUCGAGGGCUACACGACUGGCCGCGUGUGGAUGUCGCUGCGCGUGCGCAGCCUGGUUGCGCAGCUUCUGUCGGACUGCGUCAAGGAGAAGUCUGCGUGGAAGCUGCUCAAGCCGCAUGUCGAGGGCAUUGUGUCGCACUUCAUCUUCCCGCAGCUGUGCUUCAGUGAGUCUGACCAGGAGCUCUGGGAGGACAACCCCGUCGAGUAUGUGCAGAAGAGGGUCGACCCGCUUGACGACUUUGGAUCGGCCAACCUGGCUGCGUCGAACCUGCUCAUCGACCUUGCUGUCGAUCGCAAGAAGGCGACUCUCAACACCAUUCUGACUUUUGUCAACAGCGUCCUGACCAACUACUCGCAGAGCCCCGAGGAGGCCCGCGACCCGCGUGCCAAGGACGGCGCACUCAGCAUGAUGAGCUCGCUCUGCGGCUCGCUGUGCUCGCGCAAGUCGCCGGUCUACGACACGCUGCCCAGCUUCCUGCUCACGCACGUCAUUCCCGAGUUCAACAGCAAGCACGGGUUCUUGCGGGCACGCGCCCUCGACACCUACUGCCGCUACAGCUCCAUCGAGUUCCCCGACGCGCAGAUUAACCGCAGCAUCCUCGAGUCCGUGUUGGGUCUACUCAACGACACCGAGCUGCCCGUGCGCGUGCACGCCGCGCUGGCCCUGCAGCCGAUGAUCGAGGACGAUAACAUCCGCGAUUUAAUCGCCAGCCACCUCCCCCAUGUUAUGCAGGUGUUCCUUAACCUCACGAACGAGAUUGACUCUGACACCAUCACACACGUCAUCGAGGAGUUUGUCGAGGUCUUUGCCGAUCGCAUGUCGCCGUUCGCCGUGCAGCUGGGCCAGCAGCUGUGCGAUACGUUCAUGCGCGUGAUGGGCGAGGUGUCUGCCAGCACCUCGCAGGAUCUGGACUCCUUUGACAUGGACGACACAAGCGACAAGACCAUGGCCGCGAUGGGCGUGCUCAAGACCAUGGGCACCCUGCUUGAGGAGGUUGUCUUCCCGGUCGUGCGCUACGUGCUGGACCAGCGCAUGGUCGACCUGUACGACGAGGUAUACGAGAUUCUCGACUGCUGCAUGUUUGCCGUCAAGGCCGUGUCGCCCAACGCGUGGAACCUGUUUACAGCCAUCUACGCGAGCUUCAAGAGCGACGGCAUCGACUUCAUCGAGGAAAUGCUGCCCUCGCUGGACAACUACGUCACCUAUGGCAUUGACGUUGUGGCCUCGAGCAGCGAGGUGCAGGCCCGCCUGUUUGACAUUAUCGAGACCGUGAUGAAGAGCGACCGCGUCGGCGAGAACGACCGUAUCUGCGCGUGCAAGCUGGCCGAGGCCAUCAUGCUCAACGGCCGCGGCAAGGUUGACGGAAUGAUUCCGGGCUUCAUCAGCCUGGCUGCUGCCUAUCUGCUGGUCAGCGACGCCAUUGAGACGCCCGCAUUCCUAGUCUACGCCCUGGAGGUCAUCCUCAACGCGCUGCACUACAGCCCGGUCAUCACACUCAAUGUGCUCGAGCAGUACAAGUGGACGGAGGGCAUUUUCACCCGCCUCAUCCAGUCUAUCGGCAAGUUCAACCGCGUCAACGACAAGAAGCUGCUUAUUCUCGGCCUGACCUCUGUUCUGAGCGUUCCUGUUGCCCAGCUGCCUGCGUCGCUGCAGAACGGUCUGUCGCAGCUGUUCGAGGGUGUGUUGCAGACCUUCCGCUCCCUUGGCCAGGCCAUCGAGGCGCGCGAUGCCUUGGAGAAGAUGUACGAAGGCGCCGACUCUGACGACGACUCUGACGGCGAGUUCGAGUGGGAUGGCGGCGAUGAUGACGACUUUGAUGGCAUUGGUGAGGACGACGACGAUGCCUCCAAGGCGCUUGGUGGCGACAACGACGACUCUGACGGCUUUGGAUCGGAUGACGACGAUUUUGAUGAGGGCCUCGAAGAGGAGUUCUCGCUGGAGACCCCCCUGGACAGCAUCAACGCGUACAUCCAUCUUCAGGAGAGGCUGGCCGAGAUGCAGGGUACCAACACUGCCGCGUACAAUGUGGUCGUCCAGAGCCUGAACCCUGAAAACAGCCAGUUCCUGCAGUCCCUGAUCGAGGAGGCCAACAAGCAGCGCGCCGAGCAGCAGGCCAGCGACAGCCAGAAGAACGACAGCAGCAUUCCCGAUAACUGGGACGAGUCUGAGGAGGAAUCUGAGUCUGAGGAUGAAGCACCCAAGGCCAAGCCGGCAGCCAAGCCCAAGGCCAAGCCCGUUAAGCAGGAAGAGCCCAGCGAGGAGGAGAGCGAAGACGAGGACGAGGAGACCCAGAGACUGCGCGCGCGCAAGCUCCAGCAGGAGGCCGAUUUGAAAAACACCGAGGACCUGUUCUCAGGCCUGAGCAUCAGGGACAACAACAUGAACAAGGUGUUGUCCGAGCUCAACCCCAAGACCCAGGCUGACUUUGACGAGUUCCAGAAGGCCAUCGUCGAGCGCGUCCAGAAGGCCGAUAAGAGCCGUCUGUACACGGGUUUCCUCGAGAAGCUUAUCCGCGAUCUGGUUGCUCCGCUGAAGGACACAGAGGUGCGCAAGUUUGCCAGCGCCCUGACUUCCCUGGCUAACGAGAAGCAGCGCUUGGCACGUGAGGCCGUGAAGCCUAAGAAGAAGAACAAGAAGGCAUUGGUUGCCGCCCCGCCCAAGGACCAGAUGGACAUGACUGACUACAGCCGCGGCCAUUACGAAGACGACGAUGACGAUUUCAUGUAA